AAUAAACACCAAAGAAGAAGAAGCAGUGUUUUCAGCCUGUCUGCAUGUUUACAGUUAUCCCUCUAUAUACAGUUAUCCCUCUAUAUACAGUUAUCCCUCCAUAUACAGCAUCCAGAGAGGGUUUAAAAGGUGUUUUAUUGAACCCCAUGAAGACGGUGAAGCUGCUCUGUGUUUGUCUAAAUGGAGACCAAAGCUCUGCUGAACGCGGUUCCUCUUGGACACGUUAUUGCCAGCGACAAAUGGAGAAACUCGUCUCUCAUUCAGAGUUUAAAGGGUGGAGGUGUGAAAAUCCUCUUUGAGAAUGAACUGGGCGUGGCAGACUUCCACCUGCCCAACAAAAGUUGCGUCCUGUACGUGUCUGAGUGUGACAUCAUAGCAGGAAACAGCUACAAGAGGAAGCUGGUUCGCUACAGAAAUACCAGCAGUAGUUUCCAGGAGCUGGUGUUGGUGGAGAACACCAGACUCAGUGAGCAGUACUUCGCUGCUGUGCAGAAGUUUGUGGUGUUUGACCUCGGAUUGACUCUGCUGCCGGUCAGCGGGCAGACUGAGGCCUCGCAGCUCAUCAGUCAGAUCGUUCACGGGGAGGGCAGAGAGAACCCCUUCAGGAGGAGGAGUUCGUCUCGGCUGCUGGACCCGCUGGUCCUGGCUCUGGUGCAGCACGUCCCCGGGGUCGGCAGGGUCAAAGCUCUGGCUCUGCUGCAGAAAUUCUCCAGCAUCCAGCAGCUCUGCAACGCCGCCCCCGCCGAGCUGGAGCCCAUCGUGGGUCAGGCUGCAGCUCAGCAGAUCCACAGCUUCUUCCACAAACCCACUGUGGCUGGAACCUGAAGGCUCGACUCUGGGUCUUUAUUUAACCAGGCACGUUUGGAUUUAAUGUAAACACAGAUACACUUUGGCUCACAUUAACUCUUUAUUUGAAAGAUUGUUUGAAGAAAUCUAACUUUGUGUUUCCUUAAGUGCACAAACUUUAAGAAACACUAUUUGCGUCUGUUGACUAUGUGGGCUGCCACAUUUUGAAGACGUUUCAGUCUGGACCAAAUUGGAGGACCAAGAAUGCCGUCCUGCGAGCCACGCUGCUAACAUGGGUUAAAAUGGAGAGCUUCGAAAAUGACAUAGCUUUUGUGAUUUUUGCCGCCGACUUCACUGUAUCAUUUUCUGUUUUGUAUUUUUUGUUUUGCAUUAAAAAAUGUAUUUUGGUUUCUA